GCAUCAACAACGACAACAUUGCAGACGGCACUACAAUGGCGUCGUACACUUCUGUCAAGGCGUUGUACGCCGAGCUGCCCGCGUACCAGCCGCUCGUCCCAACCACCGCGCUCCCAGCCAUUGCCUUCCUCUUCCUCACCUUGGCCUUCCUCCUCACCUUCUUCCUCACGACCCUCAAAACCACCUCCAUCCCCGUGACAGAGGUCGGCACGGCGCUCGCAGCCGCCUUCCUCGCUGGUGGAGGCGUCGUCGCCCUCUUCUGCACCGUCGGCGUGUACGUUUAGACAUUGUUAGAGACCCAUUGUAUCAGAUGAUUGCAUAGUCA